GUGGGUGUCUGGGCUGGCGUGACACUGCCACCCCUGCUUCCUUGUAGCCAAGUACAUUGUGCACGUGGAUGGGAAGAUCGGGCUGUUCCGAGGCCUAAGCCCCCGACUGAUGUCCAACGCCCUCUCUACCGUGACCCGGGGCAGCAUGAAGAAGGUUUUCCCUCCGGAUGAGAUCGAGCAGGUGUCCAACAAGGACGACAUGAAGACCUCUCUGAGGAAGGUGGUGAAGGAGACCUCCUACGAGAUGAUGAUGCAGUGCGUGUCUCGCAUGCUGGCCCACCCCCUGCAUGUCAUCUCAAUGCGCUGCAUGGUUCAGUUUGUGGGACGGGAGGCCAAGUACAGCGGCGUGCUGAGCUCCAUUGGGAAGAUUUUCAAAGAGGAGGGGUUUCUGGGAUUCUUUGUUGGCUUAAUCCCUCACCUCCUGGGAGAUGUGGUUUUCUUGUGGGGCUGUAACCUGCUGGCCCACUUCAUCAAUGCCUACCUGGUGGAUGACAGCGUGAGUGACUCCCCAGGGGGGCUGGGAAACGACCAGAAUCCAGGUUCCCAGUUCAGCCAGGCCCUGGCCAUCCGCAGCUACACCAAGUUUGUGAUGGGGAUUGCAGUGAGCAUGCUGACCUACCCCUUCCUGCUGGUCGGUGACCUCAUGGCUGUGAACAACUGUGGGCUGCAGGCCGGGCUCCCUCCCUACUCCCCCGUGUUCAAGUCGUGGAUUCACUGCUGGAAGUACCUGAGCAUGCAGGGCCAGCUCUUCCGCGGCUCCAGCCUCCUUUUCCGCCGGGUGUCAUCAGGAUCGUCCUUUGCCCUGGAGUAACCUGAAUCACUAAAACCGCGGCUCAGCCUGGCCCUCUCAGCCUGGCCACCGCGGGUGGGGCCUGACCAGCUCGGGCCCUUGUAAGACGACUCCAACCCAGCAACACCUAGAUGUGCUGCAGCCCAGCUGGGCUUCGGCGUCCAUGUUUGCCUUGUGUCUGUCCAGAGGCGGGGUUGAGUGGGGUGAGGCUGCACCCAGGGCCCGGUCACCCGUUAGACCUGGGGGAGGUGGGGCUGGGCUGGAGAACGGGGCAGAAUCCCCUUGCUUCGCAGUUGUACCAGGUCUGCCUGUUGCGGGUCAGAGGCUGCAGAGGCCCAGGUCGGAUGGGAAAAGGCUCUUGAGGUCAGGUCCCACCCCACUCACCCCAGUCAGCCCCAGCUCCCCCUGCAGCUCAGCUGGGAGCACCACUCUCCUGCUUGUAAAUAGGGCGUGAUCCCCCGCCACGAGCCACCCACCAUCAUGCCACCUGUGCUAGAAGCUGUGGCUGGUUCUGCCUUGGUUUUCUCAACACUACUUUCCAAUGGGAAGGCAGCACCUUCUGAAAGGGAAAUCACGUGGCCGCUCAGAAUGUGUCCCUCAUCGAAUGCGCACCUGCUAAUGGUGACGGCGUGUGCGGGAUCUGGUUCCCUGUGCACUUGUGAACACUCAGAAGUUAGGCAGGUCAGUGCCUCUAGUCCUACCCAGUUUAAAAGUCCCUGAUACGAUUAGACCGUUUCUUCCUCAAAUAAAUGUACUGGUGGUGAUUUGGA